AAUAUGGGCGUGCAGGACUUAAUUAUGCAGUGUAUAAUCCAUUCGUGAGGAAUGUCAUGUAAUGUCGGGAAUAGGUGUAAUUACUUACUUACUUACUUCAUGAAGUAAGUAGUAAUUAAUGGACGUACACAUUCAUUUAUGAAGUAAGUUGUAAGCAUAGUGAGUGUUUAGAAAACGGAUGAGAUUGCUUUGCACAAUUCCCAAGAAGCGAGCCGUCCAUCCACAUACCCAGGAAGCUGCUGCUGCUGCACUGUUCAGUCUAUAUAGUGUGUGUGUGUGUGUGAGAGAAGAAAAUCCUCCCUGCUCGCUCAUCUAUACUGUUACUGUAUGGGGAGUGUGUCGUCGGAAGAGGGCUGCGGUCAGCGGAGCCAGCCAUGCGGCGGCGGCAGCAGCUACAGUCCAAGCGCUGACGUCAGCGAGUCCGACAGUUCUUCUUCUCCACCCUUCCGACUCUCUUCCGUUCCGGUGCCACCGCUCACGCCCAAAGAUUUCUUCCUUUGGAACCGCCAAUCUCAUUUAUCCGAAGCUGAAUUGAUGAAGGAGAGAUUUGCCAAGCUUCUUCUUGGUGAGGACAUGUCUGGAGGGGGUAAAGGGGUGUGCACAGCACUUGCCAUCUCAAAUGCCAUCACUAAUCUUUCUGCAACUAUAUUCGGGGAACUUUGGAGAUUAGAGCCGUUACCUACACGCAAGAAGGAUAUGUGGUGUAGGGAGAUGGAGUGGCUUUUAUGUGUGAGUGAUUCCAUUGUUGAGCUUGUACCGUCAACACAACAGUUUCCUGGAGGAGGGCCCAUGUAUGAAGUAAUGGCGACACGGCCCCGAUCUGAUCUAUAUGCCAACCUCCCUGCCCUCAAGAAGAUUGAUGCUAUGCUGCUUUCCAUUCUUGAUGGCUUUUGCGAAACAGAGUUUUGGUACGUUGACCGUGGGUUGGUUUUAGCUGCGGAAUCAGACAAUUCCUAUUCCUAUUCGUCUGGGAGGCCUUCGGUUAGGGAGGAAGACAAGUGGUGGCUUCCUUGCCCUAAAGUCCCACCCAAGGGGUUAUCAGAAGAUGGAAGAAAGAGAUUGCAACAAUGCAGGGAUUGCACCAACCAGAUACUGAAGGCCGCUUUGGCUAUUAAUAGUACUGUUCUUGCUGAAAUGGAGACCCCUAGAGCCUAUUUGGAAACCUUGCCCAAGAGCGGAAAAACGUGUUUGGGUGAUUUUAUUUAUCACAAUAUCACCGCUGACAACUUUUCUCCUGAAAGUCUUCUUGAUUCCUUGGACUUAUCCUCAGAGCAUCACUCACUUGAAGUGGCUAAUAGAGUUGAAGCUGCAGUGUAUGUAUGGAGGCUGAAAGACCAAAAAAAUCAUUCGAAUACUCGAAAACCGAAGCACAAAACCUGGGGAGGUAAGGUUAAGGGUCUUGUAGCUGAUGUUGGGAGGUACCAUUUUCUGGCUGAGCGAGCAGAAACCCUUUUACAUAACUUGAGGCUUUGCUUCCCUGGUCUACCUCAAACUGCUCUGGAUAUGUAUAAAAUCCAGUACAAUAAGGAUGUCGGCCAGUCAAUUCUUGAAAGCUACUCAAGGGUGAUGGAGAGCUUGGCAUUCAACAUCAUGGCAAGGAUUGAUGAUGUCUUAUACGCAGAUGACAUGACCAAGAGCUGUGCUGCAAAUGGAUCUUCUUCCAUCGUCAACCGCGGAGGUAUGGGUGGUCGCCCGAUCCAAAAACGGAUGUCUCCCAGCCCAUUCUGCAUUCAUCACACCCAUUACACCUCCCCGUUUGCCACCCCAACAUAUUGCUUGUCUCCUACCUUGACGGGCAGUCCAAAAAGAACACUUUCUUCUCUUUCAUCAGAGAAAGAUAAUGCAAAAUCUUGGACCUAUGCUACUUCUAAUCUUAGUGCCAUAAUCGCAUCUAAGGAUGCCCCAGAACGUGAUUGAGGUUUGUGGAGAUGUCUUCUUAUUUGCAGUGUAAUUUGUUUAUAAUCAGAUGAAACUAUGAUUAUUAGCAUAGUUAUCUUAUUAAUUACCCGCAUACCAAAAUUAGGUAAUUAGAUAUGGUCCCUAUUGCAACUAAGAAACUAAGAUAAUGUAUGCUCGUGAGUCACACCAUUACGUAAGGGUUCCGUUGUUAUGAUGAAUUAAUGACCACUCGAUUACAUGUGUUGAUGGCUAGCUUUGUUUUUUGAUUUCUCUCCUUGACUGGAAAUAAGCCCUCG